AUGUACGGGCGGAUAGUUUCCCGCCUGACAGAACGGGUAUUCGAUAAAAGUGUCUGGGAAGGUGUCCAUGGAGGAGAAAGAGCCGAACCGAAAGAUGCUCUCCGUGCUGUACUUCUCAUUGUUCUGUUUGCACUCACUUUUGCUGCUGGAAUGGUGGCAACAUUCUUAAAAGGGGAAUGGGCUCGAAGUCAUAUUCUGUCGUUUGUCUCGUGUAUUGGUGGCGGAGUUUUCCUUGGCGCAUGUCUUCUGGAUCUGUUACCUGAUUCAAUCGAAUCAUUCGAAAAAACGAAAUUAGCCACCGACUUCCCUGUACCACUAGCCUUCGUUGCCGUUGGAUUUCUUCUAGUACUUUCCAUUGAUCAAAUUGUAAAAGCCGCAAGAGAAAGGAAUGUAUUCGGAAAUGUGGGAUAUCACAUUCAUAGUCACGAUCACGAACAAAGACUGGAAGAAAGAGAGCAUCUUCAUGGGGAAGGGGGUGAUGAAGAAGUUGCCCAAUCUGGAAUUGGAGUUGCUAUGCUAGUUUUGGCACUUUCUGUUCAUGCUCUUUUUGAAGGACUCUCAUUGGCUGUCACAUCCGAUGCAUCACAACUUCUGCAGAUAUUCGGUGCUCUGAUUCUUCACAAGUGUAUCAUGGGAUUCUGUCUGGGAGUUCGUCUUGUUCAAGCGAAUCUCACAACUCCAUGGAUCGCAUUAGCACAAUUCUUGUUCAGUGUACAAGUAUUGAUUGGAGGACUCGCGGGUAUAGGAAUCAUGAAAUUUAUUAGUGGAGGAGAGCAAUCCUUUGCUGCAAUUGUAUCAUCUGUACUUCAAGCAAUCGCAUGUGGAACAUUCCUGUACAUUACUACAUUCGAAGUAAUACCGCAUGAACUGCACAAUGGAAAAUUCCGAGUAUUGAAGACACUUUUCAUUUAUUUCGGUUUCGGAAUAGUCGUUGCUUUUAUCUUGAUCUUCCCCGAAGCAUCCUAA